UUUUCUCCACGAAGAAAAGGAUUUUUGAAGUUCGGAAUGUGUUAUUCGGAAUCAGCGUCCAAAGACGAACCAGAAUAUGUAUUAAAAUCGAAAAAAUAAAAUUCACUUGAAUUUUGAUCUAGCUGAAUCUUAAAAUUAAAUAAUGAGUGUUAGUACAUUUAUUUAGGUAUAAUACAAAGGACAAAAGAAGGUCGGGCUAAUGUUUUACUUGAUAUUGGAUUUGAACAAGAACUAGACAAACAAUUCGUGAUACCAAUAAGUGGAGCUAUUGCUCAACCUUCAUUAUAUAUUAAUGAUUGUGUUCUCGUACGUAAUUAUGAAGGUAGUGUAGAACGAUGGUUACCGGCAAUUGUUUACGUUCUUCCUCAUCUAUAUUCGUUACCACCACAAUUCUAUACAGUCCAAAUACAUUCAUCUGAAAUACAUUUGAUAAAUGCUCGACGAAACGAUUUGAUGAAAAUUAGCAGAGGAUUGUAUCAACGUAUAUGUAUUUAUAUUCAAAGAGUGACACCACCUGUUAUAAUUGAUGACAAUAAAAUAGUGAAAAAAUCAGAUAAUGAAAUUCGAUUAGAACAAAUUGAUGCAAAAAUUAUUGCAUUGCAACAAAAACUUGAACGAAUGAGAAAAGACGAAAAGAAACGUUAUAAAAACCUAGAAAAAAAAAUAGACGAACAAAUAGCUAUUAUGAAUGAUAAUAAAAAUCACCCAUCAACGAUACUACCAGAAACUAAAAGUGAAUUUUCUCAAAUACCAACACCGACAAGAUCUCCUUCUACCACUCCUGAAAUUCGUCCUCAGAAUCGUUCAUCUCAAAUAACGCCUCGUUCGCCCACACCUCCUUUAACAACAGAGCGUAUUAUAGCAUUAGGGACUUAUGUAGUAUGCAGAUGGGAGGACGAUGACGGAUUAUUCUAUCCAGGUGAAUUUGUACUAGCACUGUAUUCACGUAAUGUGUCAUAUUGGGCACCCGGUGUAUUGAUACCAAACAGGACAACAAAAGAAAAUAAGGACGAAAUUACUGUCAGAUUCUACGAUUGUAAAGUAGUCCAAAUGGAUAUGAAAGCAAAGGAAGUUAUUAAAAUCCCAGAAAAAAAAUUUGAACAAUACGUGGAUUGCAUUAUACAAAAAGAAAAAUCAAUCGUUCAUCAAGUUGUAGUGGGAAGAAAAGGAGAAACUAAGACUUAUAUGCUAGGAACGGUGAAAGAACGUGUCGAAGACGGUCAUCAUUAUCGCAUCGAAUGGUAUGAUGGCACUGAAGACAUUCGAGACAUAUCGCAAUUGUAUGGUGCAUUUACAAGACAAGGUACCUUUCAAAAUAAAGACAAAGUAUUAGCAUUGGAUGAAACAGAGUACAAACCAGCUACUAUAAUUCAAGUUGAUAAAAAAUCGUUAAGUGUGCAAUUUUUUGAUAGUAAAAGAGAGAAGAUAAUACCACUCGAGGCCACAUUUCAAAUAACCGAUGAAGACUAUUACAAGAUCAUUGGAAAGAGUAUUAAGUAG